AUGCGGGAGCUGGCGGGGCUGGAGCAGGCCUUGGCGACCGUCGCCGAUCCACGAGGGGCUUUCUGCGACAGUGCCGGCGAGGGGCCGCUCCUGAGCGGCGGGCGCGCCGAAGAGCUGUUACAGGAUGUCGCGCCCCUGCAGCAGAGAGAAGUCGAGGGCGGCUUCGAGCUGCAGCUGAACCUGAAGAAGCUGCAGCUGAAGGCGAAGCGCCUGGGAGAGGCCAACGUCCUGCUCGCGUCGCAGCUGUCGUGGACUGGGCUCUUUCUGCCGACGCGCCCCCCGCCGCCCGCCGCCUUCGAGGUGAGGUUCUGCUGUGGCUUUCGACACUGGGUGGAGGGCAUCGCCAGCGAGGCGUUCCUGUCCCUCGGGCGGCCGCUGCGCCUGGUCGAGCUCGGCGUGCAGGCCGGGGAGCUGGCGGAGCACCUGCUGUCGCGCUACGACUGGAUCCACUGGACAGGGGUGGACCUCAUGAUCGACGCCGACGGGAACAAGUACGGCUUCGGCCAGAACCGGAGCCUCGACCUGGCAGGGGCGCGGGUGGACCUGCUGGUCCUGGACGCCCGCUUCAGCCCCGAGGGCCUGGCAGAGGACCUACGACGCGCCUCGUGGGGCGCGCAUCCGUCGCCUCGGCAACCAGACGGCGCGGGCACGGGCGUGGACGUGCUCGCUCGGAAGGGGUCGGCCUUCGGCAGCAUAGUGACGUCUCGUUUUGCUCGUUCCGAGCUCGGGCUGAUUUCCAGAAGUUCUGGGGAGGCCGGUGCCCGUGGAUACAACAGGCUGGUCGGCCGCUGGGGCGCCGCGGUCGUGGCCGAGCUCAUGGGGUCCGAGCGGCGCCUGCACAGGCUCCGACUGGGCAGCCAGCAGGACGGCGCGCAGUGGACAGUGGACGUGUCGUGA